GCAAGGAACUCACAGUCAACUUCUUCUCUGAGUGAUCAGCUGAAACAACUACCUGCUGAACUUUUGUUUCACACACAAAGCUCUCAAGGACGCUCAAUCUUUUUUCUUUGACAGGAUCAACAUGGUUGCUGGUUGUAGACAGCUUGUUGGUUUAUUUUUGGGAGUCAUCGGCUUUCUUGGGUCGAUCAUCACCUGUGGACUCCCACAAUGGCGAGUCACCGCUUUCAUUGGUGCCAACAUCGUCACUUCUCAGGUCAUCUGGGAGGGUCUGUGGAUGAACUGUGUGACCCAGAGUACAGGCCAAAUGCAGUGCAAGGUCUAUGAUUCUAUGCUAGAAUUAGCUCAAGACCUGCAGGCUGCCAGAGCACUCACUGUCAUCGCCAUCAUCGCUGGAGUUUUUGGGAUUCUGCUUGCAGUGGUUGGAGGCAAGUGCACAAAUUUUGUCGAAGACGAAGUGCAAAAGAGCAGAGUGGCAGUAGCUGCUGGAAUUGUCUUCAUCAUUGCCGGCCUCUUGGUGCUUAUUCCAGUCUGCUGGACCGCUAACACCGUCAUUCGUGAUUUCUACAACCCUACCCUGAUUUCUGCACAGAAGAGAGAGCUGGGAACAUCUCUCUACAUCGGCUGGGGAACUGCAGGGGUUCUGAUCCUGGGAGGGGGCCUGCUCUGUAGCUCCUGUCCCCCCAACAAUGUCACUGAUUAUGACGUUAGGUACUCCAAGGCUCGCUCUGUGGAUAGUCAUAAGGAAUAUGUUUAGAUAGCGAGCAUUCUGCUGGAUAUCUUAAAGAGUCCACCUUUUAGAAUUACAAUGUCUGUGAUUAAAAUAAGUAGAAAUGUUUAGAGUGAGACUGUGUAACUUAAGCUUUUUUUCUUCAAAAUAUACACACAUGCAGUAUUUUCAGCCUGUUUUUGAAUAUAUCUGUUGUUUUUAUGUUUUCUACCACCAGAGAUUUUUUUACAUUUUUAUUUUCUGUUCUUUUUUAUAUCAAUAUGGGAUACUUUGUUUCAGGGUUAUGUCUGAAAUCUGAUGCUUGUUUAAUUAAAACCAUUGUAAAUCCGUAUUGACACCCUUGUAACUCUAGACCUCAUUUUUUGACUGCUUUCUCUGUUAAACUAGUGGAAUACUGAUGGAUACAUAUAUAUAUCCAUAUAUAUAUAUAUAUAUAUAUAUAUAUGUAUUAUGGAUGACUGUAUGUCAAUAAAAUUGUAUAUAUGUGCAUGUGACAUUGCUUGUGGGUUGUUUUUUUUUUAUUUCAUCAUAAGAUGAGUCACACUAGUGACAAACAGUAAAGAAAUUCAAACAGAA